AUGACGAUUCCUUCAACAUUUAAUGCACUCAAGGAGCAUCUGGACAGAAUUAAAGCCGCUCCUUCGAUUGCCCUUGAUACUUCCCUAAUCGAACGUCUUAAGCUUCAGCUUGUCGGAAACACCGAUCCCGUUGUCCCCGCGACACUGUUAUCGCAAAUAUCAGCUCUACUACCUGUUCUGCAGGAAGACCCAACACCUCUCACUACCCUUGCGAUUAAGGCGACUAGCUACUUCAGCUUCACUGACCUCCGCUCUAUUGAUCCUCCGAUUGACCUUGUCGCUGGGUUUAAAGCCCCAUCCUCACCUGUCAACCUACUCGCAAUCUCUUUGCUGGCUAAGGCAGGGCAGACAUCUGGCGAUGCUGCCAUUGUUGCAGGAGACUCUGAAUUGAUUUCCUCGUUGGUGGAGCUAUGGCUAUCGACCUCCUCUACGGCAGUUGCACAGGCUGCUUUCGAUGCGCUGUGGGCUUUGCUGGAAGCUGAUCUGGCCAGUCCGCUGGAAAAUGGAGAACGCGACGUUGUCGGUAACGAAGAACAUACUGGACAGGGUCUUGUAUGGAGAAGACUUUUCACAGACAAAUACGUUUAUGGAUUGUUUUUUGGACUAUGCAGCUUGAAGAACGGUGCGACUGGGGAGUUGUCAACCCGCGAGCGCACUGUCGCUCAGGGCAGAUUAAUGGGAUUCCUGGUCCAGGCUGGCCGUUUGCGCUGGGAUAUCAUCUCAAAUUCCCAGGUACCGGAGAUAGAGGCACAAUACAACAGCAAGAGCAUCCUUCAAUUUGCUGCAUGCCAGAUGGUGGACCUCGGUGAUGUACUGAUGCAUAUGACACUUCUGAACUUUUACCGUGAGCUUCUGGAGAUUGAUUCCCCUGGUCUAGCCGCUCGAAGUAAUGUGCAGUCGACCUCAACCUUUUCAUCACCUGCACUUGACUUCUUGGUGGCUGAGAAGCUCCACUCUAAGGUUCUGGAAUAUUAUCUCGACGACUCCAAGCUAGAUAGUGUGGAUCUGAUCUACCUUUCUGGCCCGAUCAUGGCAUAUGUUGCGAGGUAUGCUGAGUUCUAUCCCAACCAUCUCUUACAAAGCCCAUCAACCCUCUUAGAUGGCAUUGUCUCCCGAAUUGGUCGGGCCUUAGCUAUUCCUUCCGUCCAGUGGGCCCAUGGUGAAGUCCCCACAGGGCACCUGGCUAUUCUUGCCUCACUUCCUCGCGUGUUGCUCAUUGAGGCUGGCAAGCAUGGUGCCAAUCCCUUACUGAAAAUUCCUACAUCUCCCGCCAACGGAGAGGCUUUCGAUGUUCUCGGAAAGAUUCUUCGUGGGCCAGUGCAUACUGCAGCUUUUGAUUCAAUGGAUUUGAAUACAGAUGGCCAGACCCCGACAGAUUGGCAUCACGAAGCCGCAGCAGCGCGCAUCCUUUAUUUUAUGUAUUUGAACGAGCAUCCUGGUUUCUGGGCUGAUGUUGUCACUGCGGCUGAUACUCUUGCAAUGAAAGACGUCGCCCUGUCUGCCAUUACCUUUAUGAGAGCUAUUGUUGGCGCUAACUGGCAACCAUUGCCUCCGGCAUCUCAUGUUUCUCCUGUUCCUUCUCGAUUCCAGCUACCAUCGGAGGAGGGAUUAGGACAGCUAUCCCCGGCUAGUACUGGCUUGCUUCCUUUGUCCGGCCCAUGGGCCAUUCUUACUCCACCAGCCCUUACAACUCUUCUGCCAUAUCUUUUCAAGCCACCACGCUCCUAUGGUGAGUUUGUAGGCGGUGGUGCGGGAGACUCUCAGAAUGUCGUGUGGAAAGUGGCAACCGCGAAGCACGAUGUUCUCGUCGCUCUGUACAAUAAGCUUCAACAAAGUGGCGGGCAGAUGGAAGGAUUUGAGGACAUUCUGCGAACCCUGCGACAGCGAGUGAACGAGGGUCCCGCAGGACCGGUACAGCAGGGAGCUCCUCAAGUAGAAACUGCUGGUCUAUGA